AUGGCGGAUGACGACAAUCGGACGCCCACUGCCGAGGCAUCGUCCUCGAGCAUCGAGUUCUCCUCAACCGCUCAUCAGACCGAUGACAGAUCACAAAUUCUUGCGCAAGCAACGCGCUUCCUCACAUCAGCCAACAUCUCUGAAUCCGCAUCCGAACAGGACAAGCGCGAGUUUCUUCGAUCCAAAGGGUUGACCGAAGACGAGAUUGCGCGUGCAUUCCAAGACUCCACUUCACCAGCUACUCGACUCACUUCUCAGCCGUCCUCGCCUUCCGACAUGGACCCGUUCGAGCUAGCAGCGCGUCAAUUCGACGAUCCCAUCAAUGCGGAUGCGCUCGUUCCGCCGCCGAAAUCAUACCCCAACUCUCCCCUGGCUCUGUACUACGACCCACCGACCACUGGCUCAACUCAACCAGCACUAGCACAGUCAGGCCAACAGCCAUCACCGCUUACACGCUAUCAAGUGCUGUUGCAGUUUUUCCGCACACUCAGCUACAUGAUGAUGCUCAGCGGCGGUUUGACAGCUAUCCUCGUCUCGUCCUAUCGAGCUUACAUCUUGCCCAAGAUCACCGCCAUGUUCGAUGCACGCAGCAUCGUCCUCAAACAUCACAUUGUUCUGUUCGACAGGUUGAGGAGCAGCGUCGCUGGUCUUGCGACGUACGUCCCUGUGCAGCAUGCUCGAAUCGACGAUGCUGCAGCAGCAUCGCCGAAUGCGGGAUCGUCGCCCUUGAAAGGGGUGUUGAAGAAAGUUCAUUUCAACGAUGAAAUCGACACGCCGGAGAAGGAAGGAGUAAAAUCAACGCAGAACACAAGUGGAGAGAAAGUGGUGAUGCCGUCAACGGAUGUUGUGGUGGAUGCAAAGACGCCAUUGCUAUCAGAGGUUGGGUCGGAGGAUGGCUCGACUGGCGAGGGUGAAGAGGCGGAAGAGCUUAGAAAGACCGAGCCGAUUGAUCUCAUGGUACCAAUUCGAGAGAGUCUGACCAGGCUUGUCGAAGUGAUGAAGGGAGACUUGGCAGGACGAUCUACCCCUUCCGCUGCGGAAUCUCGUACUUCGACCAGCGCUUCACGCCGUGCCAAGGUGACAAGUGUAACCGACGCAGGUUCAGGCUCUGAUUCCUGGGAAGACGAUUCCUCCUCCGCCUCUGCUGACGAAGAUGACGACGAUGGAUUGGAAUUCGACCCGUACGGCGCCUACCAAAAGAAGCACAAACACACCCAAACCUCCUCUUCGCAAAACCCUUCCAGCUCAACGAGCAUCGCUAACCUCAAAACAACACUCGUCAGUCUCAACGCCGAUAUCUCGACACACGCAUACGCAGCCACGUCAGCAUCGUAUUCAGGUGGUGGAAGCGCGUUCAGAUUCGCCGGUGGCACAGAUGCUGCAGGAAGUGGAACGGAAAGCCCCAAGUCCGGCGACCUCGGUCAGGCUGAUCACCGACGCCGUACCGAGCAUGAAUGUCUUUGGCUGGUAGCUGUUCGAUCUCGGCGAUCUUGCACCAGUUCAUCCCAUCCAGACCCACGGUCAGAGUGUCAGCCAUGGAAUCACAAAACUCGCGAAACGAGCCAUCGGGCUCACCUUAUCGAACACCACCUGUGCAGCGUCUUUGACCUUGUUGUAUUCGGUGAGCAACUUGAUGUGCUCUGCGACGAUCUAUUCGGGCUGCUGUUCGCUCAAGCCUGCUUGCUUGCGUGCCGCAUUGUGCGCAAUCAGCUUGUCGCUUCAAUUCGGACCGCACCGUCGCCGUCAAUACAAUGCGCCUUUGAGGGUUCGACUUCGAUAGAUGAAGGUGCAUGGUCUUACCUCAGUAUCAUCUGCAUAUCCGCUACCUCUUCCUCAAGCUCUGAGACGGUGCGCGAGCAGAGAUCUCGCGCGGCCACAGCGCUGGCAUUGCUAUCACUCGCCGCAGCAGUCGUCGCCAGUCCGGGCUUGCCGAUCGUCGAUCGACCGCUCUGCAACGAAGUCGAUUUGCGUCUACCCUCGAGUCCGCUCAGCGGUUUGAACGGCGUCUUGAGAACCGAUGACGAGGAAUUGCUGCGAACACCGGCUCGAACUGGCGUUCCCGAACGUGUCGCUUUCGAUGGCGAUGCUGACCUACGCAUUGCUGACGCAAUUCCCGUCACAUGCUAUCGCGAAUGA